AUGUGUGCUGCAUCUAGACGUCUUCAAAAAGAGCUCACAGCAGUGAAUGAAAAGGAUAUUAAAGAAUUCUUCAAAUUAGACGAACCUGGUGAUAAUCUUAAUUGCUGGACCGGCCUUCUUCUUCCCGAUAAACAUCCAUUCGAUAAAGGAGCUUUCCAGAUUCAGAUAAUUUUCGAGCCUGACUAUCCUAUAAAACCACCAAAACUAACAUUCAAAACUCCAAUUUAUCACCCCAACGUUGAUGAAAAGGGUCAGAUUUGUUUGCCCUUGAUUGAUCCUUCAAAAUGGAAGCCGGCCACAAAAAUCGUUGAAGUCAUCAAGGAAUUGAACCAUCUUAUCGCAAAUCCCGAAAUUGAGCAUCCGUUGAGGCCCGACUUAGCCGAGGAGUACGCGCGAGACCAAGCCACGUUCAACAAGAAGGCUGCGGAGUUCACCGCCAAAUACGCUGUCGGCCGCUAA